AUGCGAGGAGCCAUCAUUAAGCUGCAUAAAGAAGGAAGAAGGCAAUGUGAUAUUGCGAAAUUGUUAAAUAUCGCAAAAUCUACAGUAUCCGGCGUGGUCAGACGGUAUGUAGAGCUUGGACAUGAUGGUGACAGACCUAGAAGUGGCCGUCCAGCAACUGUAAACACCCGCGCCAACAGACAGUGGAUCAAGAAGCGAUUCAUGCGUAACCGAACGACUUCUGUACGCAAAAUGGCACGAGAGACCGGACUGAAAGAAGCUUCACUUCGCCGUAUAGUCAGAAAGCAUUUGAAGAUAAAGCCGUACAAACCCAAGAAAGUCCAGAAACUUACUUUAAAGAAAACGAAAAAGUACGGUUGA